AUGAAUCAUCCUUCAGGAACAUAUUGGCGGCAAGUUCCUAUACAGCCACCAGCACCAAGUGAUCCCCGAGUUGCAAACCAAUUUCAAAACAUUUUUUCUUCUCACGAAAGUGAUGAUAGUGAUAACGACAUACCAAGGCAUAAUGUGAUAUUUGAUAGUUCAACGAAUUCUCCUGAAAGCAGUACUCAAGAAGGUUCGCCAAGAACAACGCCUGAACUAUCUUCUGCAAUACGAAUGCGAAUGGUUUCACAUAUAGUUCCCCCUGUAGCAGAAGAUGAUAAUCAUGACAAUGAAAUGAAUUCUGCAGAUGCGUUUAUUGCUGAAUUUCUUAAUUUAGAUGGUGCAGAUGAUCUGGGUAAUGAUGUGGAAGGAGUUCCAGUAACACUUGAUGAACCUAAUAAUGAAAAUGAAAUGAAUGAUGAAAAUAUACCUCAGAGUAUGGUACAACAAGACCAAUCAAAUGGUAAAAUGAUUAAAAAAUUGUAG